AUGAUUGUACCUGCGGCUGCCGCCCCAGUUAAGACGAAAGGGAGGGAUGAGGAGGAGAAAGGUGCGAAGGGUGCCGGAGAAUUGAAAGCAGGAAGGUGGAAAAGCGUUUGA